CAUCCAUCCGAAACCGAGGAGCCUUGAUAACAUUGUGUCCUUCCAUCUUUCAUACACAACACAACACCAACAAGAAACGUAUAGACUAUCAACACAAGGAACCACAAAGACUUACGUGACUUACGUUCGAGAGAUGGCGUAUAACCGCUCCUUCAACCCGGAUGCACUGCCUGCAUUCGCGGAGCCAGAACGAAAACGCACACCCACCGCCCCCGCCCAAUCCCCUCCCCCCCUCAACAUCCAAAAACAACACUCCCACCACUACGACAAGCCCGCACCUCCCCUCCCCCGCGACGACCGCGACUACCGUCCCUCAGGCUCCAGCUUCAGCGGCGGCAGCGGCAGCGGGAGCAGCAGCAGCCGUCCCAUCCCCAGCCCGCGUGACGUCCGCCACCAAUUCAGCGGCGGGGGUGGGAGUGGGCCAAUGGGGCCGGUAAGCCAGCCGGGAGGGAAUUUCAUGUAUGGACAGAGUCCGCCGCAGGAUCGGAGGCUGGAUGGUGCGAGGGAUGGAAGGGAUGGGCGGGAUGGGAGGGAUGGGAGGGAUGCGCGUGGACAUCGGGGGCCUGCGAGUCCGGCGAUGACGGGGGAGGAUCCGAAUUUGUUGCCGCUAUUUAGGGCGGUGGAUAAAGAUUCCAGCGGCCACCUCUCCGAAUCCGAGCUCUCCGCCGCCCUCGUAAACGGCGACUGGACCGCCUUCGACCCCCACACCGUCGCCCUCAUGAUCCGCAUGUUCGACACCUCCCGCAGCGGCACCAUCGAGUUCAGCGAGUUCUGCGGCCUCUGGUCCUUCCUCGCCUCCUGGCGCACCCUCUUCGACCGCUUCGACGCCGACCACUCGGGCAACAUCAGCCUCGACGAGUUCGGGGACGCGCUCGUGGCGUUCGGGUACAGGCUUAGUGAGGGGUUCGUGGGGUUCUUGUUCAGGGCGUUUGAUAAGGGGAGGAAGGGGAGUUUGAGCUUUGAUUUGUUCGUGCAGGCGUGUAUUACGUUGAAGAGGAUGACGGAUGCGUUUAAGCGGUAUGAUGAUGAUAGGGAUGGGUUUGUGACGUUGAGCUUUGAGCAGUUUCUGGAGGAGGUGUUGAGGCAGCGGUAGGGUG